AUGAAGUCCCGCUUGGUCCUCCCGGACUGUCGAUUCUGGCACUCCCGAAGUGCCACAACGAGAUCCUUCACCCGACAGUCCUCAUCUCCCUCCUCAUCAUCGUCCUCCCGUACUCCGCCGUACCAGUCUCGAUGGAUACGACUCGCCCUCGUGAGUGUCGCCGCGGCGGGAAUUGGCGCCUAUAUUCGGUCACAACAAGGCUCGCCAGUAUCGACCACGUUGAAUCCAGUCCAAUUUAGUCCGUACUAUCUGGUCUCGAAAGAACCUGUCUCCUCCACGGGCAGCAUCUUCACCCUCAGACCACCCAAACCGGAUGAAAGGAAUCGCGCCGUCUACGAUGAAGCAUGGAAGACUGGGAUUUGGAGCGCCAUGUUUAAACAGCCACAGCUGCAGAUUGGGCGAGACUACACGCCGCUUCCGUACCUCUCCAAGAUAGAGGGCGAUGACACGUUGCGGUUUUUCAUUCGGAAAGACCCUUUCGGCGAAGUCUCUCGGUAUUUACAUGGACUGCGCAUAGGGGAUUCGGUUGAGAUCCGUGGGCCACGGAUCGAAUGUCCGAUCCCUCCGGAUACUCAGAAUAUACUUUUCAUUGCUGGAGGCACCGGUAUUGCCCCUGCUCUGCAGGCAGGAUACACCCUUCUUUACCGCACUAGCGACACAUACAAACCACAAAUCCACAUCCUAUGGGCCAACCGUCAACGAGAGGAUUGUGCCGGAGGACUGAAUGAUACUCCCGGAACACCACAAUCCCGGCGGUCUUGGUUCCCGAAGCUCCCACAGGUAUUCAGCGCGCGUACGGCGUCUACUCUAUCCUCUACUCCUCCACCUUCUUCGCCUCCUUCCAUUCUAGUCCGAGAGCUCGAAGCUCUCAAAUCCCAAUAUCCGGGACAGGUGACCGUGGACUAUUAUGUUGACGAGGAAAACGAAUUCAUUAAGAAAGAUACCGUCUUAGAAAUUACGAACUCGGCCUCUAAACCCAGUGAAUUGCGGGCACGCAACUUGAUACUGGUCUCGGGGCCAGAAGGGUUCAUUAGCUAUAUGGCAGGACCAAAGCUAUGGGCACAGGGGAUGGAGCUGCAGGGACCACUGAAUGGGAUCAUCAAAGAGAUGGACCUGAAGGACUGGACCCGGACUCGGUUUGGCGCGCUAGACGCGAUUGCCGGGGUGUAA